UGCAGGGAGACCCCAGCCACUCAGCCUGAGUGUACGAGAGAGUGUUAGAAAGGGAGAGGCAUACUGAGCGCUGACAACCCUCUAACUUCUCAAUGGGGCUCUGGCUGCUGGUGCUGCUGGUGCUUCAGGCAGUUUGGAAAGGCGCGCUGGGGAAAACCCAUUCUUUGCAUACAAGAGGACUCAUUGAAUUAGCAGGAGCCAUAUCCUGUGGCACAGGACGCAAUGCUUUGGCGUAUCUAGGUUACGGAUGCUACUGUGGUCUGGGAGGACGAGGUUGGCCUAAAGAUAAAGUAGACUGGUGCUGCCACAAGCAUGACUGCUGCUAUGACAAGGCAGAGCGGGAAGGCUGCAGCCCCAAGAUGCUGAGAUACGAAUGGACUUGUGAACACAAUGCUGUGGUGUGCGAUACACUGACAGAUAGAUGCCAAAAAAUGGUGUGCCAAUGCGACCAAGAAGCAGCCAAGUGUUGGGGCACAGCCUCUUAUAACCCACAUUAUGUCCUCUGGCCAGAUUUCUUAUGUGGACAGACUACUCCCACGUGUCAUGUUAGUUAAAAAUUGGGGGACAAGACUAAUCUUCCGGGGACAUUUUUCUAAUUUCUAAGAUACUGUAAUAAAAUUGUUCAUCUUUGAUCAAGA